AUGUAUCCUUCUACCAAAGCCACCUUGCCAAAAUUGCCAGAGAUGUUUGACCUAUUAAAGAAUGACCCUCGCGGGAUUCGUGAAGCUACGAGCGAAGGCUUGUUGCGCUCAGAAGAUAUUGAGUACUUCGAUGAAACGUUCGGUAUCACCGGUGUUCGUCCUGUGUUUGUAGACGAUUCUGGAUUCGUUGUUUGGAUGUUGGACGAUCGUGACUCCAUGUUUCAAUGGAAUGAAAUGGGAACUAAUCUGGCGGAAGGUCUCUUCCAUCCCGAUAAUAUAUGCCACAUCAUGGAGAGCACUGGCGAGUUGGUAUCCGCGAAGGAACUUAAACGUCGACAGAGGAAAAUGUGGUGA